CACCCGUCCUUGGGGACGCCUGGGGUCCAUAUAAACAAUUGUUUCCCACCGUGUUUCUGGAUCUGCUCAAUCCACACCUCUACUCAACUCCACUCUUCUAUACGACGAUACCCCCCAAUCAUGAUCGACUCUACGAACCCUUCAUCAAGUUCCAGCGACGGAGAGUCCAACGACUCUAGUCACCGUCGCUUCCAACACCUCAACGCAUCCCUGUUCCCAGACAACAGGGACGAAGACUACGCGUCUGCAUACAUGAACCAAGGCGCAAACAACGCCUUGAACCGCCAAUCUCCGCCAUCAAACCCAGGACCAUGGAGCGAUCCAUCUGAAUCGUGGCGAUACGACCACGACCAAGUAUGGACAGGCGAAGCAUGGGUGUAUGCCCCCCGACCUCACCAAAGCAGCUCAACGGCGAGCAACACACAAGACCCUGCAGGACCUCAGGGCAAUCUCACAGGUCCACCUAACCAACCCGCCGUUGCUGCAUACAGCAAUGCAGCUCUACCUCCUGCCAAUGCUCCUACGCCUGCCCAGGCGUCCUCUACAUCGUCCACUGCACCGCAGACAAGGCAGUGGACAAGCGCAGAAAUCCUCCACUUGUACAAGUGGAAGACGAUCAAGAAGAAGGGCAACGCCCUGAUCUUGAAACAGUUUCCAGGCGAGACGGAGGAGUCGCUCACUGCGGCCUGGAAGCAGUACAAGGCGGAGGGCGAGCGCCUGAUGGAGCAGGAGCGGGAGGAAGGUGAAGAGGAUGAAGAAAAGUAG